AUGCCGUACAAGGCUUUGCUUCCUGCACCGGAUACUUCAGGUAGUCCUGGGGGUCAGGAUCAAGAUACGCGGGUUGCUAAGCGGAGGCGUGCAAACAGGCCUAACGCCUGUGAGAACUGCCGCCUUAAAAAAGCCCGUUGCGACGGUAAAAGGCCAAGUUGCUCCAAGUGUGAGAAAUGGGGAACGACAUGCGUCUACAGUGUUGAUCACCUUGCCAAUGUCGAGCGGGAACUCAAAGAGCAUCGCGAUAUUCUCGAGCUGUUGAUGUCGCUUCCGGAAGAUGAAGCCCUCGCUGCACACCGUCAACUUAGAAGUACGAGUAACCUGUCCGAUGCAUUGUCGUCGCUGCAGGGGAGUAUGCAUGGGAGGCUUCAGCCCUCUGGUAUACGAACUGCGCAGGCAAUGUCGCCGCCAACGUCGUCAGGCCUUGAGUUUGAGCUGACGGUACGACAUGGCAUGGCGUAUCCUACCUUGUUUCCCCUGGACCUACCGUCUUUGAGUGCCGAUCCUAGAUUGAGACCUGUUCAGCGCUCAUCUCAAGGUCUUUUGCUUGAUGGGUCGUCGCCGUCUGACACCAUGUCACCAUCGACAUCAUCUAGCAAUGAUCAGUCUAUACCUACACCGAAUCCCCAAUUUGAACGUCCUCACAUAAAACAAGAGGAAGACGUCGCUGGCCCUCACCGUGAAAAGUAUUGCGAUGAGAGGUUACACCAACUGCAGAUUGGGUACUGGACUGGCGUCCCCAUUGACGAUGAAGUCGCUGCCAGCGCCAUCUCACUGUACCUGCAGGGCAAUCACUCCAUCUUCGGGCUCUUCGAUCCCGACCUUUUUAUACACGACCUCGUUCACCGCCGACAUCAGUAUUGCUCACCAUUUCUGGUGAAUGCCCUGCUGGCCCACGCCUGUCAAGCUUAUUCCGUGAUUGAUGAAGCUGUCGGCGCUUUGAGUCAGGACUUUAUGAAAGAUGCUGGCGUAUUAUGGCGCGCUGAGCGAUCCUCUGACUCAUUAGUGAACGUCGCUGCGAUUCUCAUGCUCAGUGUCAGUUGCCACCUUGAAAGGUCCAAUGUUUCCAGCAAUGAUCUUCUUGACGAUGGCCGCGCAAUGGCGGAGAGGUUGAAGCUCUUCGGCAUACCGCACACACCAGAAAACGCCGCAUCAUUCGAUAGCUUAGACCCCGACACCAAACGCGCAAUGGCCCAUACAGCCUGGGGAGCAUACAGCUAUCUAACACUAAACACAUUCUGGGUCCCAACAAAACCUAUAGCAUUCCCACCAAUGUUUCCAGUCCCCGGACGAAGCAGCGAGGACUCGAUAGAUGAAAGGUUAGCAGUUCACUGGCCUCGACACUUCACACCUGACUAUGCAGGAAAAACGUUUCAAGCGCUAUGUGAGCUCUGGACUAUCAUGCAGGAGGUCAUUGCGGUUUACUUUGCGCAACAGGGUGAUGGUGCUGCUGCUCCGAUAAAGAUUCCUUUGGCGUUUGUGGAGGCAAAGUAUCAGAAGAUAUUGACCUUUACGGAUUCAUUACCGUCGGAGAUGUCGUCGAUUGAUCCGGGGAAUAUGCCUGAUCAUGUGUUGGCGUUCAACAUUCUGCUCCAUGUUGCUAUUACGCACAUCUUUCACACAUUCAUCAUGGAUCCAAGCAACCAGAAUCUGAAUCCAGCGUUAUUAAAAUCCCCUAAAGCAGCAUUAAGAGCAUCUACAAACCAACUCCAGCGUCUCGUCCUCAUCAGCCGCCUCUACCAUCCCCGCGCCCACUCCCUCAGCGUUCUAAGCUCAGCUGUCGUCCACGUCAGCAACACAAUAAUCCGCGACGCCGCUCUGCGCAACCAAACCAUCCAAACUCCCAGCCUUGACAGAAAACACCGACAUCGAGGAAGCAACGAAGAAGCACACUGGCACUUCUACUUCCUCAUAUGUCUAGCAGCCUGUCAAGAUCUCGGCGCUUGUUUCCCAGUCUGUGAACCCGUUGGAAAAGGUCUUUUAGCCAUGGCGAUGAGAGAUGGGAGUAUGUCAGCUGCUGAAGCGAAUAAGCUCAUGCGUGCUUUAGAAGCGCCGAAGCAGGAUGUACCGCCUAGUAAAGAUGAGAGCGGUACGUUUGGGAGUUGGGUUUUGGAUUUUGAUCUUGAGGCUACGAAGCCUGGGGAUGGACAUAUUAGGAACUUGGCUGCUCAGUUUGAGGAGUUUAGUAUGCAUAAUGAGUUUACGGAGGGAGGAGAUUUCACUGUGGAGUAA